GAAGGUCAUCCUAGUUGCCCGUGCGUUGCACGACGGAGACGAAUAUACCUCGCAGCAGAGGAAACAGUGGUGGCGGGACCUCAUAGGUUUCGGCCGCAAAUGGAAAGUCCAGCUGGCUUUCCUGGAUGCGAAUGCCAGGCUCGGCAGCAUCGUGACUGACGCAGUGGGAAGUGACGGAUUCAGGCAGGGCGAGGACAAACCGGGCGGACUUUUCCACGACAUGCUCUUGAAGACGGGUUUGGCCGCCGCCAACACGCUAGCUCCCUCCCUCAGCCAGGACUCGUGCACGUUCGUCUCGUCUAAGUCUGAAACACCACACAUAAUAGACUACAUUGCGGUUGAGCAGAGUCUGAUUCCCGCAUUGGACCAACACCAAGUCCGAUAUGAUAUUGAUUCCUUCUGCACUGGCAAGGAUCAUUAUCCUGUCUUCAUGCGCUUCGAGUCCCAGGGCUCCACCAAAGUAGCGCAACGGCAGAGCGGCUACGACGUUUUGGGCACCCAGGACCCUGAUAAGGCAGCGGCCUUCAGGAUGCACUUUGCAGCUUUUCCCACGGUGCCCCACCAGGCGGGGCCCCCCCGGAACAUCGCCGACCUAGAGCUGGACUUCUUUGUUUCGGAGCUUUUCCAGGCAGCCGCCGAUUGGGAUACUCAGAUGCUGACGGCAAGCGAGCUAGCUGCGCACAUGCUUGACUUUCUGGUCAGGUCGAAGCCGGCCCUGAGAAGGGCCUUGAAGCAUUCCCGCAACAAGCUGUUAGAUGACCUCGCGCAGCAGUUGAGCAGCGCCAGGUCCUCAAACGAGAGUCGAGUGGAAUGGGGGGUGCUAUGCCAGCUGCAAAGGUUUGAGGGGAAACGCUCCAGGUUCCAGGUCGAGGGGCUGAGAAUCCGACGUGGUCCUCAGGGCGAGGUGUUGGCCACAUCUGGGGAUCUCUCGGAGGCCCUCACUGACUAUUUUGCUGUUGUUGAGAAUGGGCAGACACUCAGCUGGGAAGAGCUGGUGGAAAGAUACAACGCCCUCCCCGGACAUGGCAAUGUUUACCCCAGGGAGUUGGACAUGAUCACCCCCCUUCGCAGACUCAAGCACGACAUCAUGAGGGCAGCCAAGAGAAGAGGAGCUGGGCCUGACGGACUCAGCAACGAUCUCUUCCAGGUCGCCCCACAAGAGUGCACGCAGAUCCUGUUGCCUUUGUUCGUGAAGGUAGAGAUGGCGUCCAGGGAGCCCCUGCUGUUCAAAG